AAAAAAAUCUGUAGAAUAUCAGCAAUAAAAGGAGGAAUGAAUAAUAACUCAAAUUUUUUAUUUAAAUGCUUUCCCAAAUUUUUUACAGUUUUACCGUUAUUAUUAUUACUAAUUUUGUUACUUGGCGAUGAUCCCAUUUCUAAACAGAUUGGAUUUGUAGGCAAAGGUGUAGAUGCUCUCCCACCAAGUGAAAUCUGCGAUAAUUGUCAAAAAGUUAUUUUCUAUGCUUUUCAACAUUAUCGUCAAUCAAGCACCAAACGACUACUUAAGCAUUGGAUAAAGCAUUUAUGUAAUCGUUAUUUUGAGUACCGACGCCGUUGUCAUUCCAAAUUGGUGCAUAAUUUUCGCGAAAUUUGGAGUGAUAUGGAAAGCAUUCUUGAUACAAGUCAACGACAGAGACUUAGGCACUAUAAUGGAGUUGAUACAAAAUUUAAGCCAUACAAGACUUGCGAAAAAUUGAAGGAAUGUGGAAAGGAACAAUCGCCUAUUGACUGGACAAAAGGAAAACAAAUUUCUGUAGAAAAUGAAUCGUGGACAGAAAUAACUCCCAAACAAAAUAGCGAUGAAGUUUAA